GGCAGCGAAGGGGAGGGUUCUCCACUUCGAUCACCAUGCUUCGUUCCGGGCUUCUCCUCGCCGUCCUCCUCGUCUCCGCUCAAGCGGGCCGGAAGGUCUCCAUGAAGAACCGCUUCAUCCGGACACACACUCACGGGAAGAUCGUCGGCGGCAUUCCUGCCGAACCGGGUCAGUUCCCCUACCAGGUUUCCAUGCAGUACGGUUCCGGCAGCAGCUGGUCGCACUACUGCGGCGGGUCCAUCCUGGAUGAGACCCAUGUGCUCACCGCCGGUCAUUGCGACCCCUUGCGCGGCGAAAGGGUGGUUGCCGGGACCCUCGAUCUGGCGAACAUGGGAGAGACCGCGCAAGUGAGGGAGGUCAUCGACGCCGUCAUCCACCCGGAGUACUUCGGCGUGACCUACGACGCGGCCGUGGUGACCGUGGAUCCCCCGUUCGAGUUCAACCAGUUCGUCGGACCCGCCGCUCUCCCCUUCGAAGGCCAGCAACCUUCCGGCAACCCAAGGUCCUGCACGCCGUCCGGCUGGGGCGCAACCCUGGACGGCACGCUGAGCGACGAACUGCUCUACGUGGACAUCGACUUCAUCGACGACGAGACCUGCAUCGACUUCUGGGGAAGCGGGCCCAUCCCAGAGCAGAACAUCUGCGCCGGCAACGAGGAAGGAUUCGAGACCGUCUGCUACGGUGACUCGGGUGGACCCCUCUACUGCGAGGCCGACGACGGGGAACGGUACCUGUUCGGAUCCACGUCGUGGGGUCCCGGAGAAUGCGGCCUCCCCGAGCUACCUGCCGUCUGGGCGGAGGUUCCCUUCUUCGAGGAGUUCAUCCUCGAACAGAUCGGGAGAGCUUAAUUGUCCUCAAUCCUCUCAUUCUUUCUCGCUCAAUAAUACGUGUUCACGCACUGUCA